ACCUCACUGCAGCUCCAGGCCCCAGAUGCCCGGAUCCCCCCACAUGUCCCCAUGGUCCCCCUUGUCCCCACCACCGGGGGCCCCCCGUGGUGGCAGCUCCUCCCCGGAGCCGCUGCUGUGACAGGAAGGUCCCCGGAAGGCACCCGGGAGCCACGGCCCAGUUCCCAUUGUCCCCCGCGCCACCCCCGGGGCGCAGGCGCGACACCUCCGUUGUCCCCUGUGCCACCUUCUGCCACCCCCCAGGCCCGGCUGGGCCUUGCCACCAGCGCUGACCACCCUGGGAGGGUCCCCCAGGCCACUGGACCCUCCCCAGCCGUGGGGUGAACCAGGAGAAGGAGCCCAUCGGGAUCAUCCGGACGUGGCGGUGGGACGGAGACCGACAUCUGCCACUUGUCACCGGCGGUGGCCCCACGGGGCCCCAGCACCUCCGGUUCCUCCCUUUCCUGGGGGGAAGGGACCCCCUGUGCCGUGGGAUCUGCCCCAGAAGGAGUUGGAGGCUCUAGGGGUCAUCCAGAGGUCAUCCAGCGGUCACCCAGUGGUCAUCCAGUGGUCAUUCAGAGGCUCCUCGCUGGAUACAAGGACCCACCUCCAUCGGCUUCUCCACUGAAAUUCAUCCUGCCAGGACCCAUCUCCACCAGCUCAUCCUCGUGUCCCCAUGGAGGUGUGGCGGCAAUGUGCUCACUGGCUGGUGGCCGCACGCGUCCUGCCCGCCGGACACCGGGCCAGCAGCCCGGGGGGACAGGUGUGGGACCUGGCACAGGCACUACGGGACGGGGUCCUGCUGUGCCACCUCCUCAACGCCCUCCUGCCCCGCGCUGUCCCCUCCCGGGACAUCUGUCCCCGACCCCAGAUGUCACAGUUCCUGUGCCUGAGGAACAUCCGCACCUUCCUGACCGCCUGCGCCGACAAAUUCGGGCUGCCCAAGCACCGGCUCUUCGGCGCCUUCGACCUCUUCGAUGUCCAGGACUUCGGCAAGGUGAUUGAGACGCUCUCGACGCUCUCCUGGACCCCGAUUGCACAGAGCAAAGGAUUCACGCCGUUCCCGUCCGAGGACAGCGUUGGGGACGAUGACGUUUACAGCGGCCUCUCCGACCUCAUCGAUGACACGGCCGAGGAGGACGAUGACCUCUACGACUGCGUCGAGGCCGAAGGGGACGACGGUGACGACAUCUACGAGGACCUGAUGAGGGUCGAGCGCCUCCCGGCCACGAAGGGGGGAGUGGACCGGCGGCUCUGCUGCCUCCAGGAGCUGCGGCAGACGGAGGAGAGGUACACGGAGACCCUGGAGUCCAUCUGCCAGCACUUCCUGCGGCCACUGCGGCACUUCCUGAGCCCGCGGGACAUGGAGAGCAUCUUCAUCAACGUGGAGGUGACAGUGACAUCGGGGCACGGGGACAUGGGGACACCAGUGACACCAGUGACACUGACCAGUAACACCAGUAACACCAGUAACACUGAUCAGUAACACCAGUGCCACUGACCAGUAACACCAGUGACGUGGGGACACCAGUGACACUGA